GGGCUAUGAAUACACAAGUGUGUAAUGCAACAAAAACAACACCAUAUCAACUAGUAUUUGGUCAAGAUCCCCAAGCAGAUUUACAAAUUAUCUUGAUGCUUUAUCAACAAAAUAUUGUAAACGAGGAAAAUAUUCCAUUAGAAAAUCAAGCAUCAACUAAUCAACCAACUCUAAAAACUG